UACACCAAAAAUCUCAGGAUUUAAAUGCUCUUCAACAUUUUUGCCCGAUAGUUGUUUUGUACACAGAAUUUGCCAUCACACAGGUUGAAGGUAAUUUUACACACAGACAGAAACAUUGCUAUGGACUUCAAUAUUGUAUUUAUUAUGCGAAUAAUGCCACAAUGUAGUCUCUAUGGAGGAAAAUUAUACAUCUGUGCAAAAGGUGAAACUGAAGGUAACACAAAAAACCUCUAACUGUAAGGUGUGAAGAAUGGCUCCUACUUAUUUUUAUGUUCUAAUCUCUUAACAGAAAUCAGGUCUUUUUUUAUUUUUAUUUUUUGUGUGUGUUUUUUUAAGUGUUAGUUGCCCAUCUGUGGUCACUAAUCAAAACCUUUGAAAUUUCACAGUGAUAAUAAAAGUGUUGAUACUAGUGUCACAUUGAAAAGUGUAUUUUAAAUGUGCUUGUGCAUUUUAAUAUGAGCACUUAUCAUUAAUAUUGUGUGAACUUUCUGGAGUCUAUUAGGUGGGGUACACCCUCAACAGGUUGCCAGUCUGUCGCAGGGCUAACACAGACAAACAGACACACGCUUUAUAUGUCAUAAGUCUUCAGUCAACUUUUCUUAAAAUAUGCUAAAAGGUUUCCACAGAAAUCAGUCUAAGAGAUGGUAAAGAUAAAAGAUUUUGUGACACACAUUCAACCUAAUGCUACCUGUUCAAGUGUGAAAGAAGGAGUUAGAGUUACUGUGACAUUUUAAGCUAUUAGAAGUUUAUUGUGGGUAAAUACAGGUAAACAAAAAAGUUUAAAUUAGAGUGGAGUCAGGUAGUGAGGUGAUGAGCUGUGAUGCUGUAUGUUUCCACACCAGCAGGAAGCAGUGCCCUCUGUGACAGAGGCGUGACUUAACACUGUUCAGCUGCCGUCGAGCCAGUCAGUAUAUCAGCAGCCGCAUCAUGGAAGUCGCUGCACUUUGUGCUGUUGUUGCUUCUCUCAGAGUCGUUCCCAACAAAUCCCAGUUCUUCCAGUAUGAAUUCAUCUCCAUGAGCUGUGGGGGGCAGAAAAACUCUUCAGAGUGGAGAGUUAAGAGGAACACAUCCUUAUACAUAAACACAACAUGUUCCUCAUCCUCAAAUGGGAUAGAUGAGUCUCACUGCUUCAUCAGUGACCUUUAUCCAGGAGACAGUGGAGUUUACUGGUGUGAGUCUGCAGCAGGAGAGUGUUUUGAUGCUGUCACCAUCACUGUGACAGCUGGUUCUGUGAUCCUGGAAGGUCCUGCCCAUCCUGUGAUGGAGGGGGACACUGUAACUCUGCACUGUAGACACAAUGCAGGCUCAUCCUCCAGUUUCACUACUACAUUCUAUAAAAAUGAUGAUCUCAUUGGGAGCAGCUCUACAGGAAACCUGACCAUCCACAGGGUUUCCAAAUCAGAUGAAGGACUCUACAAGUGUAACAUCUCUGGAGUUGGACAAUCACCAGACAGCCUGCUGACUGUCACUAUCAGGGCAGUGUCCCGUGAGCUGGCUCCCUCUGGCCUGAUGCACAUUGUCCUUCCUGUGGUAUGCAUCUACCUCUCAGUGGUUUCAGUAAUGCUGCUCAUUCUCUGGAAAACCCAUGAAGGUAAAAUCGACCCUUCAGUUGUGCUCUACACUGAAGUCACCACCAAACUAAACUACAACAGAAGAGGUGAACCCCUGAGGAAGAGAUCCUCUUUAUUCUCUUCUGAGGCUCCAAAGACUUGUCUAUAAAUAAAUGCCUCACCAUGAGCUGACUCACAAAGCCUGCAAAGCCUUUUUAAAAUUAGUUUUUACGAAAAAAAAAACAUCACUGAAAAAUAAAUGACAGUUAAUAAUAUCGUAGAGUAUGAAUCAUAAAUAAAUUUUUAUUGUGAUAUUUACUCUUUGUACAACUGAAAAAAUGGGAAAUGAACUUUUCUGGGUCAAUUAACUCUAAAAAUUAAACACACACACUGCCCUGGCAGUUCAAUACUUUUACUCAUUAGCUCUCAUAUCAAACCCACAUAGCAGACAGAUCUGGACCGGAUCUGGUGUCAAGCCGGUACUGCUGGCUGACUUCUGGCAGGGUAAGUGGGAUGUCAUCCAGAUAUGGGUCAGGCCUGGCAUAGAUGGCACUGUUUAUGUGAUGGCAUGCCGCAUCUGGCCCAAUUAUGGUGUGGUUUAUGUGGCCCAGGCUCAUAGAAAACAGGUCUUCCCCGGAUCCAGCAUCAAGCUGGCACUUCUGACUGACUGGUGUCAUGGCAGGGUGUAUGUCAACCAGAUGUGUGCCAGGUCUGGCAGUGAUGGCCAAUGUUCCAUCAAAAUAGGAAAAUGUUCCUAUUUUUUACUGUCUGAACAGAGAUUUGUCAUUUUACUUUUGCACUAUUAUGUUCGGGCACAUGUUGUUAUUACAUGGCUUGAUUAAGGUACACAUUAGGCUGACAUCUUGGCCAGCACAGGGCCAGCAGUGUGUCUGCAACUGGCCCAU